AUGUCUCGUAUACCAAGAAAGAACAAACGUACAACUCGAGCUCGCAGCAAAAAUUCGAAAAACAACGAAAUUUCGAUGGAAGACGAUGAACCUGCUGCUGUUCCAGGAAAAGAUCCAAUGAUGGCAUAUGGUGAAAAAGCCAUUCGACUCACUGUAAAUUGGAUAAUCAAAACAAAUGCAGCGCCUGGCGGAUUAGCUGAUUGGUAUGCCAAACAGAUUCUUGAUUCGAAAGAAUCUUCAAAAUCCGAAUCGAUAUCAGCGAAUUUUGCGGCGAAAAAUCGAAUGGCUGAUUUGCCGUGCAUUGAAACGACAAGAAUCAAAUUGAAGCAUUUGGCAGACGGCCAAAAGGACUAUAUUCAUGCGAAUUUGGUGAAAACAAUCUAUGCCGAACGGACUUAUAUUGCAACACAACAUCCUAUGGAAUCUACUUUUGAAGAUUUUUGGAGAAUGGUUUUCUAUGAAAAUGUUGACACAAUUAUCGCCGUUUUUGCGCAGGUUAGAAGAGUUCAUAAGAUGAAAAUUUGAAUUUUUCAUCGAAACGGCGAUGGUUCAAUGGAGCGCAUUUGCUGUUUUCGAGUAAAAAUUCAUUUUUUCUAGCUGAAAAAAGGCAAAGUUCCCCUAAUUCCACCUAAUUUUCCAGGAAGACGAUCUCCCGCUUUAUUUCCCCAAUGAAGCUGGUAAAUUCGCCAACUACGGUAAAUUCUUUGUGAAUAACCGUAAAGUGACCCAACCAACUGUCAAAUAUACACCAGUUAUUCAUCAAAUCGAAAUUUUGCCAGAAGGUUGUUCAAAUAGUCGAAUCAUAACACUACUUCAUUAUGCAUAUUGGCCAAAAAAUCAAUUUCCAGUCAGUCCACGAAUUGUUAUGAAAACAUUGAGAUGUGUUAAAUCGGACAAAACAACAAAUGGACCACUUUUGAUUCAUUGUUCGAAUGGUUUGAAUCGUGUUGGAUGUUUUAUUUUAACCGAUCUCAUGUUUGACUUAGCUUUUCGUAAUAUUGAUACGGAUAUUCCGAAAAUGGUCAAAUCCCUUCGUGCACAACGUUUCAACCUUCUCUCAAAUAAACUUCACUUUGUCUAUAGUUGCUUUGUAUUCUUGGAUUAUGUUCGUAUUCGUUGCAAAAGAUUUAAUGUUUUUCCGGAUUUGCUGAAAGAAAUCAAUGAAUUUGAAGUUAUGAUAAAUAAGGAAAUUGGGCUGCUUUGUGUUAAGGAACCUCCGCCUGCAAAGAAUAAUACGAAAAAGGAUUGUACUAUUGAUGAGUAA